UUAUCUCUUACUUGUUCCUUCUCCUUUUGAUGAAAAAAAAACAUAUUUUGAGAGGUUUGACCAUGAUAUGAAAAACAUUUAUGUAGUAAUUUAGUUUAGUCGAACUUUGACUAAAUUAUUUGAUAGGACGCUCUUGUAGUUAUGAUAACAGUCCCAUUUCCGCUCAAAAGAUUUCUCUGUGCCUAUCGUCUUGCAAGAAAUGUGUCAAGGUCAAACUUUGAAGGAUUGUCUUAAUUAGCACCUAGAUCUUAUUUUCAUUGCCACACUAUUUGGUGUCUAAAUCUGAGUUGCAGUUUCCCCAAUCACUUAAGCAAAUAAGAAAAACUGUUGAAGCCUGGGAAAUUCAUUUCAAAGAGAAUUGAAAUAAUAAAUGGGGUGUUUGGGUGGGUUUGAGAAUAUCUUGCACGAUUGCACAGCGCAAAUUGCUCUGGGUGAUACUUUUAUGUAGAGUAUUGACUGGUAAAUCGGAGCUUUCGCAUAUUUUCAUUGAUUUGUUCUGCUGUGUCCUUUAUAUAUAUGCUCAAGUACCUUCACCAAUUGAUAUUUUAGCUUACAGGCUUUUUUGUUUACUAAAGAUGGCAGUUGGUCCAGCACCGUUCUCUGAGAUCGGGAAGAGAGCAAAAGAUCUUUUGACCAAGGAUUACAACUUUGAUCAUAAAUUUGUUUUUUCCUCAUCAAAUGAUUCUGGUCUGGGCCUUACAGCUACUGGCAUUAAAGUGAAUGAACAAUUUCUUGGUGAUAUAAGUACUCAGUACAGAAGUGGUAAAACGCUUGUUGAUGUCAAAGUUGAUACAAAUUCCAAUAUCUCAACAACAAUUUCUGUAGAUGAAUUGUUAGCUGGUGCCAAGACUAAGUUAAGCUUCAAGCUACCUGAUCAGAAGUCUGGCAAGCUGGAUGUCCAGUACUUUCAUCGCCUAGUUGCUUUUAAUUCUAGCAUUGGCUUGACACCAACCCCAUUGCUGGAGUUUGCUGCAGCAAUUGGCAGCAGGGAACUUAGUGUUGGAGCUGAGAUUGGGUUUGAUAGUGCAUCUGCCUCUUUAACCAAAUACAAUGCCGGGAUAGGCUUUAACAAGCAUGAUUUUUCUGCUGCUCUUGUAUUAACUGACAAGGGAGAGACCCUGAAAGCCUCCUAUAUUCAUGUGCUCAAUCCAGUCAAUGGUGUUGCAGUGGCUGCUGAAAUGGUUCGUAAGUUCAACACAUAUGAGAACAGCUUUGCCAUCGGAAGCUCGCACAAUCUCGAUCCAUUGACUACGAUAAAGACUUGCUUUAACAACAGCGGAAAAUCUGCAGUGCUGUGUCAGCACCAGUGGAGGCCAAAAUCUUUCAUAACAGUUUCCGCUGAGUUUGAUCCAAAGGCGGCAAGUGCACCUUCCAGGUUUGGUCUGGCUCUAGCCCUCAAGCCUUGAGCAAACAAGAAUUGGGCAACUUCCAUGGCCUAGGCAUUUUCAAGUUGCUGUUUCGUUUUAUUCCUUAUUAGAAAUCAAGAAUUGGAUAUGUUUAUAAAAUAUCCAAAACAGUCGGCUUUUUCAAGUCCAAUUUUGGUGAAAAAUCCAUCAUAAUGAGAAAAUUCAUUUAAUA